AUGAGCGUCGGCCGCGUAGGCAAGCUGCUUUUUAUCUGUGACAGAAUCUCCGGACGACGUUUCCUGUGCGACACGGGUGCACAGAGGAGCGUCCUGCCUGCUUCCCGUUUGGACAUGGCGACCGACAGCCAUGGCCCCCGAUGGAAGCGGCUAACGGGACCCCCAUCCGCACCCGUGAAGCAUGGUGUGGAGCACCAUAUCGCCACAACUGGUCCACCCGUCUACGGCCGUGCUCGGCGCCUCGACCCGACCAAGCUUGCAGUUGCUAAGGCUGAGUUUUCCAACAUGGAACGCCUCGGCAUAGUCCGCCGAUCCGACAGUCCGUGGGCGUCACCCCUUCACAUCGUCCCCAAAUCUGGUGGCGGCUGGCGCCCAUGUGGCGACUACCGGAGGCUUAAUGAGGCAACGACACCUUACCGAUACCCAGUCCCGAACAUACAGGAUUUUUCAGCACACCUGGCCGGUAUGGUGAUUUUUUCUAAAGUGGACCUCGUCCGGGGCUAUCAUCAGGUGCCCAUGCACUCACUGGACAUUUCAAAAACAGCAGUGAUUACGCCGUUUGGUCUUUUUGAGUUCUUAAGGAUGCCGUUCGGCCUUAAAAACUCAGCCCAAUCUUUCCAGCGCCUCAUGGACUCUGUUUUACGGGACCUGCCUUUUCUUUUUGUGUAUUUGGACGACAUUCUGGUAGCGAGCACGUCCAAAUCUCAGCACCUGUCGCACCUCCGAACACUUUUCGAGCGGCUCAACCAACAUGGCCUGAUUGUUAACCCUGCCAAGUGCCAGUUUGGUCUCUCCACCAUCGACUUCCUGGGACACAGAGUCACCAAGGACGGUGCAGUCCCUCUCCCAUCAAAGGUGGAGGCGGUCACACAGUUUCCACGCCCGCUCACCGUGAAAGCCCUGCAGGAGUUCCUCGGCAUGAUAAACUUUUACCACCGUUUCAUCCCUCGAGCCGCUCAGCUCAUGCAGCCCUUGCACGAGGCCUUGAAAGGUAAACCCACGCACGCUGUGGACUGGACUGAGGGCAGGGACAAGGCGUUUGCUGACACUAAGGCAGCCCUGGCGCAGGCCACCAUGCUGGCACAUCCUUCAGCCACAGCCUCCAUCGCCAUCACCUCGGACGCCUCUGACUACGCUGUCGGUGCUGUCUACGAGCAGUGGGUAGGCGGGGCCUGGCAGCCCCUUGCCUUCUUCAGCCGCCAGCUGCGCGCUAACGAGCGUAAGUACAGCACUUUCGACCGGGAGCUGCUGGGUCUCUACCUCGCCAUCAGACAUUUUCGUUUCCUGCUGGAAGGUCGACACUUCACCGCCUUUGUCGACCACAAGCCGCUGGUGUUCGCCAUGGCCAAAGUGGCCGAGCCGCAGUCCUCGGCCGAUCGUUCCCACGGGUGGAGACGACGUCUUCGAUGCCAUCCACGGUCUCUCCCACCCGGUUCGAAAGCGUCACAGAGGCUGGUGGCGGCGAAGUUUGUUUGGCGCGGCCUCAAAAAGGACGUAAGAGACUGGGCUACCACUUGCCUUGAGUGCCAACGGGCCAAAAUACAUCGCCACACUAAAGCCCCGCUAGAGUUGUUCCCGGUGCCAGAGAGGCGUUUUGACCAUGUUAACGUGGAUCUGGUUGGCCCUCUGCCCUCCUCUCAGGGUUUCACCUACCUGUUGACCAUGGUUGACAGGACCACCCGUUGGCCCGAGGCUGUGCCACUGACAUCGUUGGCAUCUGUCGAGAUGACCCGGGCAUUCAUCGGCACCUGGGUUGCCCGUUUCGGCACCCCUUCGGACAUAUCCUCUGACCGGGGCGCGCAGUUCACGUCUGAGCUGUGGAACGCGGUGGCCCACAGCCUCGGAGCGAAACUCCACCGCACGACCGCAUACCACCCGCAGGCUAACGGACUCUGUGAGCGGUUUCACAGGUCAAUGAAAGCUUCUCUUCGUGCCGGCCUCAAAGACAGCAACUGGGUCGACAAGCUCCCGUGGGUGAUGCUCGGCAUCAGGACUGCGCCGAAGGAAGACCUACAGUCCUCAUCCGCGGAGCUCGUCUAUGGCCAGCCACUGCGGGUUCCAGGGGAUUUUGUUCCCCCCUCCACCGUUCCCUGGCUGCCUCUCCAGCGGGCCGGGCUACUGGACAAUGCGAGGCUUUUCGCACCGGUCCCUACUUCCCAUCACGGCCUCCCUCAGUCGCACAUCCCCGCUGGGCUUCAGACGGCUGAAUACGUCUUUAUUCGCCACGACGCUCACAGGGGACCGCUACGCCCGCCCUACGAGGGCCCGUUCCGGGUUUUGGAGACGGGAGACAAACAUUUUAUGGUGGACAUGGGUGGUAAACCGGAGCGACUCUCCAUUGACCGCCUCAAACCAGCUCAUUUGGACGUUGCUAGGCCCAUUGAAUUGGCCCAGCCCCCACGACGCGGGCGUCCUCCAGCUUUGCACCCACCCUCUGCUCCCCUCCCUCCCAAAUCUCCCACACUCCAGGCCCCACACCCAUGUCAUGGUGGUACACCUGCCACAGUAGUGUCUCCUCGACCCCCUGUAAAGCACAGCCGUGCUGGCCGGUUACUCCGACCACCUCGCCGAUGA